AUCAUAAUAGAAAUAUAACCUAGAAAUAAAAUUCCUACUAUAGUAAUAGUGGUACAAACAAAAUUAUUGAAAAGCAAGAUUUAGAGGAACUACGUCUAAAUACUACUAAUACUAAAUCUAAAUACACACGAAACAUGACAAUUUGCAUACAAUGUGGUGGAGAACCAAAAUAUAAAUGUCCAACAUGCUGCAAACCAUACUGUUCUGUUGCUUGCUGUAAAGAACAUAAGCAGAGUCCAUGUAGUGCUCCUCCCGCACCAGAGCCAAGUUCUGUUGAAACACACAUUACCUAUGACUAUCCUACAGAGGACACAGUUUCACCAGAAAAAUUAGAAUUAUUAGAGAAAUCUCAAGAGGUCAAGAAAUGUUUAGAGAACCUACAUGUUCGAGAAAUAUUGGAACAACUUGACAAGUCACCACAUCCUGAUGAAUUGAUUCAAGAAUAUAUGCAGGAGCCCAUAUUCACAGAACUGGUUGAUGCAUGUUUGAAUGUUGUAGAACCUUCUAGUGAUUUUGAAAAAUAGAUAUUCAUCAGUUUUACACCAGUGCUACAGUGAUUGGUAUAUUCGAAACCAUCCAUAGCAACAAAGCACUGCACAGUGCACAUCUUUGGUGGAAUAGGUCUGUAAAAUAGGUUAUUUAAGAUUAUUUAAAGCAGAAAAUAUGUA